UUUGUGGAUGAAGAAAAAGGCUUGCAAAUGACCCUUGGGAAAGGCUCUCUUGUGGGGGCGACGGAGACAGAGGUUUACAAGAGGUGAGGGUGAGCAGGAAAGCAGAGCACACACGUCCCCUUCCUCUGUAGUCACUCAGAGUGUCUCUAGCAAGAUGGGCACUGAGGGUUGAGGACGGAGAGGCGUUGAUGAUUUGCAAGCUUCUCUGGCCAGGGGACUCUGGGUGUUCCGCCGGAAGGAGACUACCAUGGGGCAGGGGCCACUCACGCCUUGUGUGGUACUGGCGGUCAACUGCUGACCACACCCGUGGAGAUUUCUCCCUGCUGCUAAACUUCACCUCACAGGUUUUUUUUUUUUUUUUUUUUUUUUUUCUUGCAUGGUGUAGCCACUGCAAACAGUGGGGCCUCUACACCAGUGCCUCUCUUGGCUAGACCUUCAGUCACCCUGCCAUGAUCAUUAUUCUCAUAAAGGGGAUCUGAAAGUGUCACUCCUGGAGGCGCCUACGAAAUCCGGGACUGAAUGGAAACUGAAACACGGGUUGGCUCCUCCCAACCUCUGCCCAGUCCCCUGGCCCUGCAUUCUCACGGGGACUUGAGGUCGUCGAAACUCCUCUUGCCUUCGUUGUUCCCUUUGCGGGAAAUACCAUUCUGUUUAAGCCCUGGGGCCGGCUCCAGUGCUGUGGGAUUUAGACCUCAUUCCUCUGUGUACCUGACUUUAGGUGCUUGGCAGGGACAUGUGUGUAGCCUGGGUGAAUGCCUGGGGGGAGACAGUUUUCUUCCCAGGCUCCUGCACACCGUGUCCCCUUCCUUUUUGCAGAUUGAGGUCCUGAAACCUCCCUCCACCUCCAGUGGAUGCCCCUCCUCCCUUUUCUUCCGGUUGCCUGAGCCUUUCUGCUUUGAAUCCCAUAAUGAAUGUACCUCACACUGUUGCUACUUCAUUCUAGAGUUGAGCCACGUGGCAUUAUCUGUGCCAUGUGUCUGCCCCACCUGUGAGUUUUGCCUGGCGAAGACUGUGUCUCAGACACCCCUCCCCACCAAGUCACAUCAUAGCUUGGGAAUGUGGCGGAUUCUCGAUGCAACCACGAGGACAUCCGCUCCGCAGCAAGCAGGAGAGCAGAUGCAAUCCGCGCGCAAAUUCUGGGGAUACUUGCAUGCAAUAGGGCCAGGUGUGCAGAGGGCUGAGCGGGGCCUGCCCUCCCCUGCCAGGUGCAUCCCCUACCCCAAGCCACGGCACUCCAGCGGGGUAGGGUGAAGAAAGGAGAACUACACUCCGCCAGGCGAGCCCCUUCUUUUUAAAAACAUCCAGAGAGAGACAAGGUAGGAGAGUCACCAGUUUCUGUGCUGAAUUGAAGCAAGUCUUUGUUUUUCUGGAGGUGUUCGUUCUUAAAACAUGGAAAUAAAAUCAGCUUAACUGACAUGACACGAAGACACUCAGAAGGCAUACACGGGCAGGGCAGGGGUACAAAAUUAAUCAGGGCUCCGUGCCACAGCUCCUAAGACACUGACUACACGGACAACUUGAAAUCAGUGGCCCUGCUGCCUCCUCUUGCCAAUCCAGCUCUGUGGGGACAAUACUGUCUCCUUGGAAGGAGUUAGCUUGUUUGGGCCUAGAAAGGCCUUUGGGUUCUAGAGUUGACAGGGCUUUGCUUUAUCUCAGUGACAAAUACCUGUCAACGUCACUCCCACUUUUUCUGGAGAAUGUUUCAAUCUACAGACACAUUGUCAUAUUGUAGGUCUUUGAGUUUGCAUUGUGUUGUUACAUAUAGAUUUAGUUCAUUCAUUUAAAAUGGUG